GUUGGUUUUCUGUGACAGGCGGUUGAUUCGCUAGCGUGUUGCCGGCAAUAAACGGUGUCAAGUUAACAAUUUAUUUAUUAAUUAAAUUAUAAUAAGCGCACUUUCUAAAUGUGUAACAAUAUUUCAAUAUAGUACGAAAUUAAAUAAUUAUAUUAACAAUAAUAAAAGUGAUUAAAACUAUGUUCAUUUACAAAUUAAAUUUUUUGUACAACUUUUAUGGAUGGCAGCACUAUCAUUUUACGUCUUGCAGCAUUGCAAAUUCGUGGUAUCAUUUGGUUAUAAAAAUAUCUUUUUUCUAUUGGAAUAAAAUUAAGAAAACUUUUUUCCUUUAUAUUAAAUAUGGCAAAUUCAAUAGUAAAAUCAGAAUUUAAACCUAUAUAUCUCAAAUUAUAACGCAUAAUUAAAAAAAAGUUGAGAGAUGUUAUCUUUAAAGGAAUUUACACCUUUUUAAUACUUACAUUGGCAACCCCAAUUGUUAGCUGUCAAGUUUGUUUUGAUUCGACGGCAUGCUUCAUUCUAUAUCAUGAUUUCCAGUACAUUACAAAAAACAUCAUACCAUGAUUAGAAAUAUAGUGUAUUUGAAUUAAAUAUUUAAAUGAUUGUUAAAAUUAAGCAAAAGAAACGACAAAGUGGUUUACCGCCACCAGCAGCCGCAGAGGAAUUGGAGGAAAAGUCGCAGGAUGAGAAUAUGCAGGACACAAGUAGCGAACAAUCUGCGCAGUCUGAACUAGAACAGGAAAACCCAAAAUCCGCAAACAGCAAUAUUGAGAAAAAUGUUGAUGGAGUUGGUGAUGGCAAUGAUAAUGAUGAUGAAAUGGAUUUGGGCAAUUUCAAUUUGAAACCAAAAAAGAAACGCAAGAAGGGCAUCAUUUACAUAUCGAACAUACCCAAACACAUGAAUGUUACGAGAAUGCGCGAAAUCCUAGGAGAGUAUGCUCAACUUGGACGCGUGUACUUGCAACCAGAGAAAUUACCCGGUGGCAAUGAUAAAAAGAAAAAGCGAAAACGCUUGGCGCGUCACUUCACAGAAGGUUGGGUUGAGUUCGAGUCAAAGCGCGCGGCGAAACAAAUUGUUGAACACUUAAAUAAUAAACAAAUUUCCACACGUAAAAAAUCACAAUUCUACGAUUAUAUGUGGAGUAUGAAAUAUUUGCCGCGCUUCAAAUGGGUGCAUCUCACGGAGCGUAUGAACUAUGAACAAGCUGUACAUAAGCAACGCUUACACACAGAGGUGUCACAGGCGCGUAAGGAGACUACAUUCUUCCAGAAUAAUCUUGAUAAGAGCGAGUACUUGAAAAAACAAAGUAAAAAAGCAAAUAAAGGCAAAAUUGCGGCCGUGACGAAAACGUGAGUUACGAAAGGUCGCAAUUUUGUGAAAAUAGAACAGCUUAGUGUAUUAUUGGGUUUUUUUUUUAAAAGAUGGUAAUUUACAAAAGAAAUGUAUAAUAAAUUAAAAACAAUGCAUCAAAGAUAUAUAGUGUUAUUAUCCCAUUUGCCACUUUUGUGUUACAAACUUUUUAUAGUAUAAGCUCUCGUUAACAAUUAUUUCGAUAAAUAAAGUGUAAUUUAGUCCUUCA